AUGUAUGACUGGCUGAAUGAGAUCCCAUACACCGAUUGGUCAAGGGCAUAUUUUUCUAGAAGAGCUAAAUGUGAUAUGUUGCUGAGCAACAUAUGUGAGGUUUUUAACAGACAAAUCGUAGGAGCAAGGGACAAGCUGAUUAUCACAUGCCUAGAAUUCAUUCGGGAGUACAUGACCAAGAGGAUAGUGAAUGUCAAGAAAUUGCAAGCAAAGUGUAUGGGGCCACUGACACCUCAUGCCACUGAGGUCUUCGAUGAGAUCAAGAAACAGGCUGCUGAAAUGUCUGUUUUAAUGGUUGUUGUGAAUGUUAAACAUAAAACUUGUGCAUGCAGGAAGUGGGAUUUGACAGGGAUGCCUUGCAAACAUGCAGUUGCAGCCAUAUGGGAUAUGUCAAGGAAUAGCAUUGAUGCUGGCAUACCAGAAGAGUGGGUGGAUGAAGUUUAUUGGCUGUCAACAUGGAAGAAAGUCUAUGACAAUGUGAUAGAGCCAAUCAACGGGCCGGAGAUGUGGACUCCUUCAGAGUGUCCAACAACACUCAUCCCACCAAAGCAUCAUACACAAGUUGGAAGGCCAAAAAAGAAAAGAAAGAAGGCAUUUGGUGAAAACGAGCUUGAGCAAGAGUUCGACAAAGGAGGUAAAAUGACAAGAAAGGGAACUAGCAUCAAGUGUGGUAAAUGUGGGAACAUGGGUCACAAUGUCAGGAGCUGCAAAGGACAAGGGGGUGAACAAUCCACUGCUUCACAGGAAUCACACACUGCCACUCAAGGUGCUCCAGUUUACAAUCUUGAUGAGUGA